AUGAGUCGUCAUACAACUAUCGAGAUCGUUGAACAGAACAAUGCAGCAGUUGGAACCGAUACAGACGGGAUACGGCCAUCUGUACCCCGAGAUCCACCGCCCCAUGGUGAUACGGUUGAUCGCUGCUUCGAUCAGCUCAACCGCCUACUACAGGAAGUGCCAAGGGGCUUCCCCGCCGAGCCCGAGACCUCGCCUUGCACCAUCUUUUGGAUCCCCCACUUGCUUCGUGGGAUCGAUUCUAAGGCCGUAAAGCCCGAGAUCGUAUCUAUAGGCCCGUACCACCGGGGCGGUCCACAGGUGCUCGCGUUCGAAAGGCUUAAGCCGCUUUUCCUCGAGAGGUUCCUUCGCCGCUGCACGAAGUCAGACUUGAGGAGGCUUACGCAAUUAGUGGCAUCAUUGGAGCGUUCUGCCCGGCUUUGCUACUCGGGACUUGUGGAUCUCGCGAGUCACGACUUCUUACAGAUGAUGCUACUCGACGGUUGCUUUGUGGUGGAAUUCCUACUUCACCCCCUCUUCGGGAGUGGCGAUGCGGCUGACAAGCCCGGCCCCAUCUUCGGGAGCGGAGACGUGACUAACGAGCCCGACCCCAUCUUUGCACAGCCUCAGAUGAUCCCGGUUCUCAUCAGGGAUUUACUGAAGCUCGAAAACCAGAUUCCGUACACCGUUCUCGAGUUUUUGUUUGACAAGGUGAUCUCAUCCAACUCAAACAGAGAAACAGGCUCUUUGACUGUACUCGCGUUGAAAUUGUUCAAUCACGCCUAUCCGAGACCCAUGGUGGAUCUCAAAUCUCGGGAGUAUCAUAAUUGCGAGCAUCUACUUGACCUGUUUUACAUGAGUUUGUCUCCGACAAGGCCCGUCUACCCCAACUCCCUGAAAGAGUCCUGGUCAUCAGCUCAGUCCGUACCGCGUGUGACCGAGCUUAUAUACUCUGGAGUCAAAUUCAAGUCCAAGAAGGCAGACGGCUUGCUGGACAUAAAUUUGCAUAAACCGAUCCUACGGAAUCCAUUCAUCCCAAUCAAAGACUUCAUGACCAGCUCGCUGAUGAAUCCGGUAAUCCAGAUGCCAAACAUCGCAAUCGACGACUUCAUGACCACCGUGCUGAUAAACUGCGUGUCGCUGGAACAAUGCCGGGAAAACAGGUCCAAGUACAUGACUGAUUACGUUUCCUUCAUGCACUGCCUCAUCAAACGGUCAACGGACGUGUCGCUUCUCCGUUCAGAUGGGAUCAUCGCACUAUAUUCUCGUGAUGACCGAUAUGUGGUUGAUCUGUUCAAAAAGCUUGGGGAGAACAUUUCUUUCAAUGUUCAUGACUGUUUUCUGUCCAAGCAGUUCGAGGAGCUUGAAUCGUGCUACCGCAGCAACUGGGCGAAGAUGAUGCGCACUUACUUUUCCAGUCCGUGGUCAGCCAUAUCGCUCUUCUCGGCUUUCUUAAUCGUGGUUCUCACCAUUAUACAGACCGUUAUCGCUAUACUUGCCUAUCGCCUCCACCGCUAG